CUUUUCGCAGUCCCCUAUCUCAUUUGCUACACACCUUCCGAUUUCUACAACAAACGAGACAGAAGUUCUACCGACAGCAGCCUGCUUCACUGCACAGCCCUGACUUAUUCCCUGAGCAGCUUCCAUCCUGUCCACUGAAUGAAGCAGGGGUCCAUUGGAAAAAAUAUGAAGAGAACUUUAAGACUGGUUUUGGAACAUUCUUUGUAAAUUUCUUCAGAUGAGGAGACCCAGGGCUUAAAUUCGAUGAAAACUCAAGUAGUGGAGAAACUGGGGUCUCUGGAUGGCAGACUCUGAAAAGAAAUGCAGUUUUAAGAGGAAAAAAGCAUUCCGUGCAGAUUUCGUGGCUCCAUAGAAGAUAACAUUGUUGACACCAAAGAUGCUGACUAGAAAGAUUAAACUCUGGGAUAUUAAUGCCCAUAUAACCUGUCGUCUUUGCAAUGGAUACCUUAUUGAUGCUACCACUGUAACAGAAUGCUUGCAUACCUUCUGUAGAAGUUGCCUGGUGAAGUAUUUGGAGGAAAAUAAUACCUGUCCAACAUGUAGAAUUGUUAUACACCAGAGCCAUCCACUACAGUAUAUCGGUCAUGAUAGAACAAUGCAAGAUAUUGUUUACAAGCUUGUGCCAGGCCUUCAAGAAGCGGAAAUGAGAAAACAGCGAGAAUUCUAUCAUAAACUAGGUAUGGAAGUACCAGGGGACAUCAAAGGGGAAACAUGCUCUGCAAAGCAGCAUUUAGAUUCGCAUCGGAAUGGUGAAACUAAAGCUGAUGAGAGUUCAAACAAAGAAACAUCAGAGGAAAAACAGGAAGAAGAUAAUGACUAUCACAGAAGUGAUGAACAGGUAAGCAUCUGCUUGGAAUGCAAUAGCAGCAAAUUGCGUGGAUUGAAACGAAAAUGGAUCCGCUGUUCAGCACAAGCAACAGUCUUACAUCUAAAGAAGUUCAUUGCCAAAAAACUUAACCUUUCUUCUUUUAACGAGCUGGAUAUAUUAUGCAAUGAAGAAAUUCUUGGCAAGGACCAUACGCUCAAAUUUGUAGUUGUCACUAGAUGGAGAUUUAAGAAAGCACCUCUCCUGCUACAUUACAGACCCAAAAUGGACUUGCUGUAAGAGACCUUUAUUGUCCUUCUGGACAGCGUUUUUUGCAGAGACUAUCAUCAGGCACCUUCUUAGUGCAUCACUUAACUCACACGUGACACGAACCAGCAGAAUGGUUUUGGAAGACUGUAGUGCUCUCACAGCCAACCACCUUUCUGAAUAUUCUUCUGGGGAUGUGUUGCCCAGAUCUCUGGACAGAAAAUAUUUAUACUUUUUUUGUACGAAAGAAAUAAAUCACAAGAGGACACUACCAGCACUAAGUUUACAGAUCCUGAAAACACUUCACAGUUCCAUGUAGCUCCAUGUCAUUCAUCUCUUUGCUGCAGUUACACAAACAUGUUAAAAUGUUGUAGGGGUGAUUCACAAGGUUGAUUUUGAGCCCGAAAUUACCUUUAGUUACUUUCCAUGGGUUGAAACUUCUAAAGCUUAUUUUGAUAUAUUCUGCAAGGUGUUCCUGUCUUACAGAGUGUGCAUCAGUUACUUUGGCUUUCGGUGAGCCCUUUGAGGAUCCUUGAACAUACCUUGAUGAUAUAGAGACUGAUGAUAUUUAUGCUGCAUUAAAAACUUCCUAAAAGUCUAGGCCUCUGAAAACGUCAUGAGUUCCGCACAACGCUUCAUCUCAUUUUAUAUUUCAUGUAUGUUUUCACAUCCCUCUGCAUAUUUCAAUGAGGCAACUGAAAAUGAAUUUAAUUUGCCCCCAAUAGUACGUUGUGGCAUAAAUUGCAUCUGAUCACAACUCAAAGAUUACUCAAAGUGCUUCAUUUGUAAAAUUUAGGGUAGACGUGUCUUAUGCAGUAGAGGCUUGCAGAAAUCCAUGUUUUCUUUAGGGAGAAUUUUUUUUUUUAAACUGAAUUUGUCACGGGUAGUUGAAGGGUGUUUAUUUUGGAAGACACCCACAUAGAAACAUUGCACACAUUUCUAUUUCACUGGUUUAAAAACUCAUCUGUUAAUUACUGACUAAUUCUGGAUUUCCUUUAAUGGUUUCCUUUAGAAGCUUUUGUUGGUUUCUUUAGCACCCCUAUCUGUCUUGGAGGUCAGACUAGAUUGUAGUGGUACCUUCUGGCCUUAAUCUAUUAAUCUAGCUUUUUGUGUUGAGCUUCGAGAGAGGCACAGUGUUUUUUUUCUACGUAUGUCUUCAAGUCCAUGUUCAGCUAAUGCUUAGAAGGGUGUUCACUUAAAAAAAAAAUCUUGGAAGGGUUUUUAAAAUAGGUGACUUAAAAAAAUUGGUUGACAGUGAUUUCUGCAAGCACUUUACUGUAUAACAUAAUAAAAAUAUGGAAUGUUAAAAUGCUUGACUGGCACAGGGGAUUGUAAGAAAUUGAAAAGAGGGUGUGACACACGGGCAGCUGGAGGUUAUUACUUUCUUUUUAAACUCUCAGGAGGGAAAGCUCCUCCUAAACCCACCAAUUUUGUAUACAUAUUAUUAAACCCUUUUAUUCCUCCAUAAGGCAAAUGCCAGUGGCUGACAUCACUAUUAAGCUUGUUAGCACCAUCCUACUCCAGCCAGUUGGGCUCCUCAGGCCUGCAAGAAAUCAUUAUUUAAUAUUCGAUUUAACCCCAGGAAGUACAUCCUGUGAAAUGCUGGCUGAUCCAAACACGUCAAUUCUCUUUUCUCCUGGGUCUGGAAGUAAUCCCCCGCCCCCCAGAACACCAUGUUCCUGUGUGCCUCCUUACACGUGCUUAUUGGAGCCUUCUGUUUCUCCAUUUGCCUCCUCUCAGCUUUCCUACUGCUGCAUUUGGGAGAGGGAACCCCACUCACCUGUAUAUAUUUCAAACCAGCAUGACAAAGGUUCUGCACUCAGCUGUCAAGGUGAAUGAAGAGGCGAUCAGAAUGGGUGCAAAUGGAGAAAUAAAGGGAAAUCUCUGCACAUCUCUAGGGCCCGAGAGAUGUCAAUGUACAGAGUACUCCUUGGGCCAGCCAGGACUUCUUGACAUCUAGACCUGGAGUAUUUCAGCAUGGUGGGAGGAGGAGGGGAGGACUAGAAUUUGGCUCCGGUUUGGUCUUUCUGUUCCUAUAUGCACCUAUCGGCAAUUCAGCUUUUAUCUAUGUACAACAUGGAGAAAAAAAUAGCAGUGUCGGAAGAGGAAGGAGUCCUAAUCAGUCCAGCUUUAGCACCUAGCCCUAUGUGAGCUUAUCACAGAAAGGAACGUUGGUGAGGUGGCCUUGUAAGUCAGUCGAUUUACUGGGACUUUCUGGAACUGUGGGUCCGAUGGCACUGUCCUUUGAGGGGGUGUGCGUCGGGAACUUCAGCUAAGAGACCCUGUCCUUAUCAAUGUGAUCCUAAUCAUCUAAGGGUUUAAUAAACAUAUAUACAUGAUCUGUCUACCUCAGCAUAUGCACUGCAGCAGCAUUUUGUAACACCAGGCCUUACUGCAGCGCCACUGACGUACAUCAGAAUUUGAAUAUUUUCCUGUGUAAGUAAACUGAGGAGCAAUUGAACCGUAUGAACAUAUAAAUUCAAAACCCUCUCUGUCAUUCAGUUCUCACUCACUGUAACAAUCUACAGUACAGAAUAUAUAUUUGUAAGUUUGUGGCUCUCUUUGGAAUCACUUGAAUUUGCUAUGGUGCUAUAUCAGUAUAUUUAAAUAUCUGUUAAUAUCUGUAUAGAGACGUAAAUAUGAAGCCAGUAUUAACACCUCCAGCUGGUAACUCUGCUUUUUUAAUGUAUUAACCUGAUGAAACCUCAGUGGUUAAAAAUACCUAUUUUUCUAAAUUGCACCCUGUCCGAAUAUCUGCCCUACAGAAACUGUUACCCGUAGGGUUUGCUGCACCAUUUGGUUUGAUUUUUUUUUAAACUUUGCAGGAAGACUGGCAUACAAUGAAAUGUCACAUUCAGUGGGAGACCUUAAGGGUUCGAUGUCUAAAGUUCUGUUUCACUUCUGUGAAGCUUGAGAGAGUUGAUGUUAAUGCCAAAACUAUAUUGGGCUGAAUAGCUGUUGAUUUUUUAAAACCUUGUUUAAGGUGUGAAGGUCAGGCUCCUUUUAGGUCUCUCUUGGUCCUGUGUGAGUCCUGUUCUGUUUAUUUUGGUUUUAGUGAGGAUGGAGUUACUGUGAGGUAGUUUUCACAACUGCUUAUGCUGGUGAAUAAUUGCAGUACGAGUAUCUUGUUGCAUUAUCCUUAACAGCAAUGAGACUAAUUACCCAGGCUGAUAGUCUCACUAGAUAUAGUUUUCAUUUAAAAUAGAGAAUUCAGAUAGAAUAUAUAAUAUUGAAUUUAAAUAAGAUUUGGGGGUUUUAAAAAAAUUAACUUUAUAAAAUUAUUUAUUCUAUUUUAAGCCUUCUAUCUUAUUUUACCAUCCAAGUAUUUUGGUUUCAAUGGUCCAGCUUUAUUUACGGGCAUAUAAAAUGAAAUUGUGAGAUGUUUUUACAAGCUUCUUCUUUUUCCUUUGAGUUUGAGUAGUUUUUAUUUGAUGUUUUUGUAUGGAUAAAGAGCAUUACUUAUGCUUUUGUGCAAUAGGUUUGAAACAUGCAUUUAUGAGGCAUAUGUUUAAAUUGUAAAUGUAGCAUCUACUUACCGCUAAAUUGGGAAGGAAUGUAGGUGGGAUUUUUAAAAUGUACAUUCAAAUUUUUUUUUAUUUUUUAUUUUUGGGAGGUUUUUUUGAAGUGAAGUUUGGGGUUUUAAAGUUGUGUGUAAGUGCAAGAACUACCUGUCAGCAAUAUUUUUAAAUAAAUGAUCUGGCAAGAAACCUUAAUGUGAAUUGUGGAAGCAAUCUGCAAGACUUGCAGCCUAUCUGAAAUUUGUUUUUGUGCCAUUGUUACGUCUGGUAUCUUUGUGUACCAUCUAACCUGGGAAUAUUUAUUUUUUAUUGGUUGUGCAAUACUGUACACAACACACUAACCUCUGGGGAUAUGGGACCAUAUGAAAUAUCAGACUUACAGCUAUGAUGGUGCUAUUUUUUCCAAUAGGCUAUGAGCCUUUGAAAGCUUAUCUGGCUCUAUUGUCUUCAUAACAGCAUAAUUAGUCUUGGGAGAGUCACUGGAUUCCCCCCUCCCCCUCCAUCAAUGGUAAAUGUAGUAGCAUAGCUACCCUGUUUUUCAGUUAUUUAAAUCUGAUCAUUGAAAUAAAAGUAAUAGGAAAAAGCCAACCAGUUUGUACUUCAGCAGAUGACUCUUUGAUAAAUUUGUUUUAAUCAGUACUUAAGAAAUGCAUGUAAUGCAGACAUCUUAAACUGUUUCCUACAGAAAAAUCCAGUUUCUGUAUUUCCUCAGGUAAUCGCUUCAGUUCACAUGCUUCAAUGGAAGGUUGAAUGCAACCCACGCCUCUUGUCCUCUGUUUCAAAGUUAAAAAAAAAAAAA